UUUGCACUUUGAGUGCAAAAUUGUUACAUUACUUUUGUGGUGUUGUUCGUGGUCGUACUUGUUCCUCGCUUUGCAAAUAACAUAAAUUUGAUUAAAAAUGGCUCCUCCAUCAUUCUCUGAUUUGGGUAAACAAGCUCGUGAUAUCUUCGGCAAAGGUUAUCACUUCGGUUUGUGGAAGUUGGACUGCAAAACCAAGACUGCCUCCGGCAUUGAAUUCAGCACUGGCGGUCAAUCCAAUCAAGAAUCCGGCAAAGUUUUCGGUUCUUUGGAAACCAAAUACAAAGUCUCCGAUUACGGUUUGACUUUGACCGAAAAAUGGAACACAGACAACACUCUCUUCACUGAGGUUGCCGUACAAGACAAAUUACUCGAAGGUUUGAAAUUGUCUUUCGAGGGUUCAUUCGCUCCCCAGUCUGGCAACAAAUCUGGCAAAUUCAAGGUUGGUUACGGCCAUGAAAAUGUCAAGAUCGAUUCGGAUGUCAACGUUGACUUGAACGGUCCAUUGAUCAAUGCCUCAGCUGUUUUGGGUUAUGAAGGUUGGUUGACUGGUUACCAAACCGCUUUCGAUAGCAAGAACGCCAAGUUGACCGCCAACAACUUUGCCUUGGGCUACACCACAAAGGACUUUGUCUUGCAUACAGCUGUCAAUGAUGGUCAAGAAUUCAGCGGCUCCAUCUUCCAAAAGUGCUCCGACAAAAUCGAUGUUGGUGUACAAUUGUCCUGGACCUCUGGUACCAACAACACCAAAUUCGGUUUGGGUGGUAAAUACCAAUUGGACCAUGAUGCCGCUUUGCGCGCCAAGGUCAACAACAACUGCCAAGUUGGUUUGGGUUAUCAACAAAAAUUGCGUGAUGGUAUUACACUCACUCUUUCCACUUUGAUCGAUGGCAAGAACUUCAAUGCCGGUGGCCACAAGAUCGGUGUCGCUUUGGAAUUGGAAGCCUAAACCACCACCAAUUCUUAAGUUUUUUUUUAAAUUAAUACUAACACUACCAAAUAAAAAAAACAAACAACAACAAAACCAACCAACUCCGUUCUUUUGUUCACAAAAUAAUACAACAUCAAAAACAACAUCUUUCAAAAAUUAAGUGUGUUAAGAAAGAAAGAAACAACAUCUCAGCAAUAUACAACAACAGCAACAAAUUACACUUAUAUUAAAUUAAUAAUGUUAAAAAUUAUUUAAACAAAAUUAAUAAGAAAAAAAACAAACAAAAAACAUCCAACAAAAAUUCUAAAGCUCAGUUUUUCUUUGUGCAACAUUUGCGAAAACAGUAGAACAACAUUUGAAUAUAGUUUUAAAACGAAAAAAAAAACAAAAAGACAUCCUAGACUCAAACACAUCCCCUCCUCCUCUCCUUUUAUUUUAUUUAAACUGCCUACAACUUGUUAAGAAUUGCAAUAAUAAUAAUACAUACCUAAUUAUAUUUUAAACUAAGUGGCGCAGUUGUUUUUAAGAUCUUAUUUGAAACAAGCAAAAAUUAAAUAUAUUUGCAGAGCAACGUCUUUGUGCAUUUAAAGUUA